AAAAUUUCUUUCCUCAAGUUUCAAACUUCGAAACCUCCUCGCACGAAAUGCUGCGCCGAAGUUGCAUUUCAUCAGGGGCAGUUCAAUGACCUGCAGCAGCUGCUAGCUGCUCCUCAUAGGCGCGCCGCAGUUCUUGCUUUCUUUUUUUUAUUUCUAAACAACGCCCACCAUGACGGUCGACAGCGCCGUGGACGUGGCCGUCGCUGCUCCGGCCGACGCGCAAGAGACGCUGGCUGCCCAGAUGUCCUCGCUCGAAAUAGCGCAGAGCACGCAGCAGGCCGAACUGCCUCCCCACCGGUCGCACGAUCCGCAGUACAACCAGAAGAGGAGCGACCCGUUUCAGUUCGGAUCCCGCUACCUCGGACAGGAGGACGACCCCUUCGAGUUCAAUGCCUGGGACCACGUUGAGACUGACGACACAUACAAAGAGUAUGCGGAGCAGCAGUACGCUAUGCAGCGUCAGGCACCUGUAUCCGACUUUGACAAGAUGCGUUUCAAUUCGGAUCCAGCCAAGUGGUGGAACUUGUUCUACAAGAACAACACGGCCAACUUCUUCAAGGAUCGCAAGUGGCUCCAACAAGAGUUUCCGAUUUUGGACAAAGUGACCCGGGAGGAUGCCGGACCCGUGACACUCCUAGAGAUAGGAGCCGGCGCCGGGAACACGGCGUUUCCCGUUCUAGCCCAAAACAAGAACCCGAAGCUGAAGCUCCACGCUUGUGACUUCUCCAAGAAGGCAGUUGAGGUCAUGCGCAAACAUGAAUCUUACGAUGCGGCGGUGAUGCAAGCUGACGUUUGGGACGUUGCUGGCACCGAACUGCCGCCGGGCCUUGAAGAAGGAUCCGUGGACGUGGCCGUAAUGGUGUUUAUCUUCUCUGCACUUUCCCCAUUGCAGUGGAAGAAGGCGGUGGAGAACGUCUACCGUGUGCUCAAGCCGGGCGGUGAGGUCUGCUUCCGCGACUAUGGAAGAGGUGACCUUGCCCAGGUGCGGUUCAAGAAGGGGCGGUACCUGGAGGAGAACUUUUACAUCCGAGGCGAUGGCACUCGCGUCUACUUCUUCGAGAAGGAGGAGCUGCAAGAUAUUUGGGGCGGCAAGCUCAGCAAGUCAGUCGAGGGCGACGAGGCCCAAGAUCUACAGCCAAGCUUCGAGAUUGAGGAGCUUGGCUUCGAUCGCAGACUGCUUGUUAACCGUGCCAAGAAACUUAAGAUGUAUCGGUGCUGGAUCCAAGGCCGAUUCAGAAAGAAAUAAACAAUAUAUUCUCUCGCAAA